AUGGCAGAUAGCUGCACAGUCCUCGUCGAGAACCUGCCGGCGGACGCCUCGCGGGAGGACCUCUCCACCUACUUUGCCUUCCACGGCCACGUCGAGAAGGUCCUGCUUGACGGCACGACCGCACUAAUCACGUUUGAGAGCGGCGCGAGCGCCCGGUCGGCGCUGCUCUUUGACGGCGGUCGCUUCUCAUCGCAAACCCUGGCAGCAGAGUCCUCCUACGGGAAUGGCCAGGACGAUUUGUUCGUCCCUGUGUCGCUUUUUGGGGGCGCGCCGCCAGGCGCGUCCCCACUUUUGUAUCACAGCUGCGAGGGCCAACCAAGGGAUUCGGCGCGUCAAGUUAACUUGACCGCUCGUUCGGGCUUUGGGCCGCAGGCCGGCGCGCAGCGCCACGCCGCCAGGCGUCCGCCGGAGGCCCGCCGGAGGCUCUUCCUGCGGCCACAUUCUGGCAAGAUUCCGCCGCGCUCAGGCGCCCAGAGGAUGCGUGCGCUGCGCUCAAACGUCGCGAUUUGGCAAUAG